AAGCCCCUACGCUCCCAAGCAGCCGCCGCCGGACCGAGAAAGUGGUUUCACACCAGCCUACCCUGUGUUAUAUUUAGGGCACGUUGGCCCCGGCCUUUCUGGGCCGGGGGGCCGGCCGCGGAUACUCAAUGGAUGCGAUAAUGGCAGCUCCUCAGGCAAACAUAGCUAGGCGCAUCAAGUUUAGGCUAGAUGACGGGUCCCUGAUAGCAGACUCCAACCUCUUAGGCCUUGACGGCGGCGGUAUCGUUCGCGUGAGCGUGGACAAGAACGUUGUUGACAGGAACCUUGCAUCGGAGAAGGAUCUCGAGCGUAUCCAAAGGCUGCUUAGCAACCCCGAGCUUCCUUCGCUUCCUCAGCAAAAUGGGGGCUACGGAGGUCCACCAACCAAGAAGGCGCGCCUGGAUUCCAGGCCCAGCCUCAGCUAUGGAGCGAAUGACUGGCUCGCCAAGUGCCGGGAGCUGAUAGACAGCGUCCAGCGCGGUCUGAAAGGAGACGCCCAGUGGUUCUUGAACCCUGUGGACGAGAAGCUGGUGCCGGACUACUACACUAUCAUUAAGCAACCCAUGUGGAUUAACCUCAUCCUCCAGAAGCUCAGCCAGGCAGAGUACGCGUCUGCGCAGGACUUCUGCGAUGACGUGCGGCUAAUCUGGUCGAACUGCAUCCUGUACAACCCCAAGGGCAACCCUGUCAGGCUCAUUGCCGAGAAAGCCGAGAAGCGUUGGGAGAACGACUGGGCCAAUUCCGGGCUCAGCAGUGAGCGCACUAAGCGGGCAACCGCCGGCGUAGCAGCUCCCAAAUUUGACCCCGACUUUGAGCCUCCUCCGCCCAAGGCGUCGCGCGAACGGCCGACCAGGAGCGGUAACGCCGUAUCCAAACAGAAGCAGGCAGCCCCUGCAGCUCCUGCUCCUGCCCCUAGCCGAGCUGCCAACGGCGGGCGCGCCUACAGCCAUGAAGUCACCUCGGGUGGCAAGGGCCGGGAAAAGGCUCUGUCGUUGGAGCGGCGCAACCAAAUCGCCACGGAGCUCCAGAACGCCCUUGGCGAGCUGUCCGAGGACCAGCUCAACGAGCUCAUGGGGUUGCUGCCUUCGGAGGCCAUGCAGCCCGACGAGUCCGGCGAGAUGGAGCUGGAUUUCGAGGCGCUGGACGACGCCAACCUGCGCAAACUGGAGUCCUGGCUGCGCAACGUGCGCGGGCAAGGACCCGUCUCGCCCUCGCACAUCUCGCACAACCCCAGCGUCCGGUUAGAGGCUGGCGACCCGGACGAUGAGGACUACCACAGCGACUGACGACUUGACUGCUGACGGUUUUUUGACUACUUUGCGCGGAGGCAUAUGCUGUACAUUUGACCGCAGUGCUUUGACCAACAUUGGUACGUUGGUGUGUGUGUGCGUCUGAUGUGCUAACUUGCACUCAAAAGAAGGGACGACGGGCUGGACUCAAUGCAUGACUGCAUGACGACACGACUCUUGACAAGCCUAGAUGUAUGACAAUUCUCGUGCUGACUUGACGGCCACAUGAACAGAACUGUUGCGCUAAACGGGCGCUCCCGGGUAUCCUUGGUACAUGUCAUCGGCCCGACUGCAGCGGGUGUAUGUGACGGACGGUUGGGUUGGACGCUUCUGGACCCCGCUGUAUAAGCACAUGUCCACCUGUCCACUAGUUGUGCGACUGGAACGGUCAAGAGCGGGAGCACAUGUACAGGUUCCCAGGCCGAUUUCAUUCGCUGUUUGAAUAUAAUAGCGGUGCUUUGCUAGAGGCCGCCACAAAUGAGCGUGUUUUGUUGAUUGCGGGAACAAGCCGGAUGCUAAUGCAAUGAGGAUGAGAGGAGUGAAGGAGAGAGGAUUGUGACUUCAGACGAUGAGAGUUGAGCCCGCAAAUGCGGGACGUGUGUAACAAGAGGCUCCAAA